AUGGCAUUAGCGAUGCCCACAAAUACCAGUUGGGGAGUGAGCCAAAACGCAGAAAUCCUUACAGCCGCUCCAUGUGCUAACAAUGCACGGCUGCAGGUGGUAUUUAAAACCCGUAUCUUCCACUGCAAUGUCGAUACAGCUGGAAACCUUGGUCUAGAGAUGCUGAAAGACGGUUGGGGUCCAGCUUUAACCAUUUCAAAGGUUCUCCAUGCAACCGGAUAUAUUCUUAUGAAUCCUGACCCACAUAACCCAGUUGUUGCAGAAUAA